AUGACAUUGAGACGAUCGAUGAUAGACUCGGAGGUUCGGUACGUACCAUGGUUUCAGUGGACGGUCGACUCUACGUGUGGAACGGACAUACAGCCUACAGGUACCUUCAAAGCUACUGCGAACAUCGACCCUAAAACAGGCGCUCGUAGCACCGCAGCGACGGACUACAUCGUUCCAGCGCUUGACCCUCCGAACUUGAAGGUGUUUACCACCGCGUACGUCAACCGUAUCCUGACUAAACAGGACGGCGAUGAUGUCAUCGCUACCGGCGUCGAAUUCGAGUAUGGCGGAGACGUGCAUGUUGUUCAUGCUGCCAACAGAGUGAUUCUGUGCGGGUGCACGAGCAAGUCCCCACAUAUCGUCGGGCUGAACGGCAUCGGGAAUUGCAACGUAUUGGAAGAUCUCGGCAUCCCUGUGCAUCUCUUGUACUUACAACAAUUUUCGUUUCAAGUAAAUCCUGAGAACUCCGCAGAGACGAAGGUGGAGCACGGUUUUGUCACAAGUGAGACCAUUACGUCGCCAGAAGUGCAGACAGAGCUCCGGAGCAUCUACAUAGAAGCAGCUGGUCCCCUUUCACUUGCCUGCACCGGCGUUGCCUUCCUAUCGCUCCACACGAUUACCGAACGGGCGGAUGAGCUGAUUGAGAAGGUCGAGAAGAGGAUCAAGCGGACCACGGACAAACUGUCGCCGGGUUCGAAGGAGCAGUACGAGCUGCACCUGAAGUUGCUCAAUGACAAGAAAGUGCUCGACCUCGAGAUCGUCGUCUUCCCCGUCAACGUGCAUCCUGCAGGCGCCCCGAAGCCGCACAUCGGCCUCCUUCCCUCGAUCGCUCGAGUGACCCUAAGGUCCAGCCAACGAUCGAGCCGAACUACCUCGCGGGAGACAUUGACUCCGAGAUCAAUUCUUCUUGGGCCCGCCAAGUUCAUCUGCAAGGUUAUGCAGGAUGGGCCUUGGAAGGAGGUCAGCGAAGCGGACCUGAUUCCUCGCGUCAACAUUACCACGGACGAGCAGCUGCGCGAGCUCGCCAAAACGAACGUCUCUACUACUUGGCGUGUGAAUCUACUGCAUCUCACUGUCCACAUCUAA